GUUGAAGCUUAAUGCUUAUGCACUAGUUUGUCAGUGGGCAGGGGGGGAUCUGUUUUAGACAUUGUCACUAACUAGAGCAGUCAAGAAUGGCUUGUGUUAGAUUUGUUGCCACAUUCGAGCAUUCCUUUCAUCGUGGAGGGAGACAACACCAUUUCCGUCUUUUCCCUUGGAUCCAACGUAGGGUUAAAGUUGCUCACACAUUACUACCAAAGUUUGAAUUUGAAAACCCUGUUGCACCGGCAUGUCUGUCUUCAAAAGUCAAUGAGAAGCAGUUUAAUAAGCUUGAAAGGUGCAUACAGAAGGCAAUAUACAAACUUAUAGAAUUUCUUUCGGGGAGUAACAAGUUAAGGAAGAAACGUGGACGACAUUCUUUUAUAAUUUUACCAAUGAUUACAUGUGAUAUAGAUCCUGAUGUUGCUCAAUGGGGUCUCCAAGAUAUACAAGUUUGUGUAUAUAGCCAUUCUGGUGCCAGUUGUAGUGUUACUCAGUAUGAAAAAUUCAAUAGUCAAACUGUGCAUAUUAGAGAGGGUUGUUACGAACCUGAAUGUGUAAAUGUAGAGAAUGAUGCUGUUAUUGCACAUGCCCUGCAAGAGGAACUCUCACGAGUCGCUGCCGCAGAGGCAUCUGGAUUUACUAAUCCUAGUCGAGACUCUAUUCUUUCCCAAGAUUGGUUUGGCCUUCAAGGAAGACAACAUAGUUCCGAUUGUGAAGAUGAAGUUAAUCAUGGGACAAGGGAUUCAGAUGAUUUUAGAAGUGAACUAGGUGGUAAUUAUGGCAUGGGAGACAACCUUUAUCAUGGUGAAGACAUGUUGCGUAUAGAUACAAUCGACGAGUCAUCUGUUCUUGAUGGUGAAGUAGAGAAGAGGUUGAAUGACAUGGUUCCUAUUCCUCAUGUACCUAAAAUUAAUGGAGAUAUACCAUCGGUUGAUGAAGAGAUAUCAGACCAUCAAAGGCUGCUUGAUAGGUUGCUGUUGUAUGGUCUGGUUGAGAAUAAGGUUCAUGGUGAUGGUAACUGUCAGUUUCGCUCUUUGUCAGACCAACUUUACCGUUCUCAAGACCACCACAGGUUUGUGAGGCAGCAAGUUGUUUCCCAGCUUAAAUCAAAUCCGGAGAUGUAUGAGGGUUAUGUUCCAAUGGCUUAUGGUGACUACUUGAAGAAAAUGAACAAGACCAGUGAAUGGGGGGAUCAUCUUACAUUGCAAGCAGCUGCUGAUUGGUAUGGGGUGAAGAUAUUUGUACUAACUUCAUUCAAGGAUACAUGUUACAUUGAGAUCCUUCCACAUUAUCAAAUGUCUGAACGAAUUAUUUUCUUGAGUUUCUGGGCUGAGGUGCACUACAAUUCCAUAUAUCCAGAAGGAGAACUGCCUAAGAAAAAGAAGAAAUGGUGGAUGGUUUGAAGAAGUUUAGCACUUCAUUAACUUUCCAAGGAGCUCAAAGAAAACAUCAAGCAUCUGCUGCUCUGUCUUUCUUGGGUUGCUUUUUCCAAGUUCCAUUUUUGUGUAAAUAAGUGUACGUAAUGAUAUUUUCUAUUCAUUUUUAUUUUACUUAUAAAACUAUUUCUAAUUUACUAAAUAAAUAAACUACAUUAUUAAGAUUAUAAGACACUUA